GUCAAAUCCAACCUUCGAACACCAAGGUCCAACACCCAGAAAAGCUCGGAAUUAGCCUACUAGUACCACCUGUCACACGCUGCAGCUACUGCCAGGCAACCCACCCUUCCAAGGUUGUGACUAUCGGAAAGCUGCGAACCCCUUCAACGUUCAUACAAAUCAUGGAAGAUAAGAACAUAUCAUCUGCCGCGAGCAAGGACAAACAGCGGGCGCAUGAGAUUCUGGAAGUUGAGGAUGAGGAGGAGAGACACGCGCGCAUGCACGACAUCCUGGCGAAACUGAAUGCUUCUUCUGGAGCCUCAGCCUCAACCGAGUCGCGGUUACCGAGUCUGAAUGGCCAGCCGAACCUUCCGCUCGAGCCAAAUCCAGAGUUGCUGUCGCGUAUCCAAGCGUUCCUCCCUCAGCUAGCAGAUUCCAAUGCCGAGCUUGCCCGCCGCGCGCAGAGCGACCCAGAUAGCGUGGACAUUGAGAACGUCAACGCCGACGAAGCCUAUAUCGAGAUGGAAAGUAGCGAGUGGUCUCGUUGUGUAAUCUUUGACUCAUGACGUUGUCUUCAGAAUCUCGGGUUGGGUGUGUUCGAGCAACGUCGGAACUCCGGUGCUGCUGAAUUGCAGCCAGACACGGAGACGGAAUCGGAUACAGACUCUGACUCGGAGGCUUCUACGGACAGCUCAGGCUCAAUGUCGAGCUCCGAGUCA